ACAGACUUCUCAAUCGUUUCUGUCUACUCCAGACUUCUCAAACUUCUGGUUUUCUUUUUCCCUACAAGUUGAUGGAUACUCAUAUGGUUGGUUGGCAAAAAUCCUCUUUAAAAACAAUAUUUAUACACACACCAGCGGCGACGACACUUGCAUUUUAUUGGGUGUGACUGAACCAUGUGGACAAAGAGAAAAUCGCGGUACAUUUAUAUUUUGCCUACUUAUGUCAGUGAUAACCUUAUGUGAACCAGCAUACUUUGGUCUUUGAAAAUUAUAAUUAUGGACUAUAGAUAAAUGACACCCCGCUUAUUGUAAUAAGAGGUUAAUUUUGACGUUGGAUACAAUGCUAAAUAAAAGUAUAGGAGUGUAGGAAAAUAGAAAGAAAAAAAAUUGUUUCUUUGUGUACAUAUGGUGGAGUUUGGUGAUAAUUGAUGACUCAUUACUCUUAUGCUUGAUACUAGUUGUAUGUCCUCGAUCUCCACCUCACCUUUGGCCCUAUAUAUCAAAAGAUCAAUUGGAGUUGGGUUUUAUUGGCAUUUGGUUAAGAUGGUCAUUAGCCCCAUAUAUUUUAUCUAUUGCAAAUGCCUCACUCUAUGAACUAUUACCUUUACAAAUAUGUCUUCCCAUAGCAUUAGUUAAUAGUGUUUUUUUAGAAAUGCUAUAAUAGGGAAGCAAUAACAGCGUUCAGUGAGAAGAAUUGGAGAAAACACUCGCGCCUUAAAUACUAUAGUGUUUCAUUAACUAUUCAAUAGCAUUCCAUGAAAAUUCUAGUCGCCCUUCCCUUGUUGAAAAUUCAAAAUGCUGAGUCAAGAAGAAUGGAAAUAAAACUAGAUAGAUCUCCAGGGGCGAAGCUACUCAAGUAAAGCGAAGAGUGGCUUUAGCUACUGAACUGACAAGGACAGUGAUACUCUAACCGCUAAGUCAAGUAGGUCAAGCUGAGUCUAGUGCUUUAUAUAUAUUAAUAUUCUUUUUAUACUAAUAUAGUAUAUCAUAUCAUUUGUGUUGUAAACGGAGCAGCAAAACAAGACUUCAUAUCGGAGUGAGGGGCAAAAGAAAGAGCUUUCCCACUCUGCAAAGUGUUCUCCCCUAGCAAUUUGAUUCCUACAUACUGGUUGAUCUUGUAGAAGUAGAUCCUAUAGUUUCCAGAUGUUUAAGAUCUUUUAGAUCCUGCAUCAACCAAUUCCCGACUUUGUUGACCGAGAAACAAAGGUAGAAUCGUAAGGUUUCUCUUAGAAUCUGGACCCUAGCACAUGAUAUACCAAAAACUGAACACGCCAUGUAUUCUCUCAAGGCAGCUAUGAAAUGGGAUGAGGAUGUUUUUGGCCUUGAGUAUGACUUGGAUCUGUUUAAUAUCGUAGCUAACCCAGAUUUUAACAUGGGAGCCAUGGAAAACAAGAGCUUGAAUAUAUUCAAUUCCAAGCUUGUCUUGGCAUCUCCAGAAACUGCUACAGAUGCAGAUUAUGCUGCGAUUUUAGGAGUUAUUGGCCAUGAGAGUGACAUGUCGAGAUUGGUUCCAGCUUAGUCUGAAGGAAGGUCUCACUGUUUUCCGUGAUCAGGAAUUUUCAUCCGACAUGGGGAGCCAUACGGUUAAGCGGAUUGCUGAUGUUUCGAGGCUUCAAAAUUAUCAGUUUUGCCAGGUAUUUCCCCUCGCCCAUAACUUCGAAUUAUGCAUUUUGUCAUUUUUUAG